AACUAACUGACUGUGACUUAACGCAAAAGCAGAGUUUUCGCUUGUCAUCAUCAAUAGUAUAAUUUAACACAAUAAAAUAAAUUUACAAUGGCUCUCGAAACAUUAUGCCGUUUGGACGAUAAAAUCAAUUUAAGGCCCGCUGAUUCUCUCGCUUCCUUCCAAAAUGAUGUUAUUGGAUACACCGGCAACUUCUUCGCCAGCGCUCAGCUUGCUGCCCCGCCGUUCUCAAACCCUGCACAGACGCUAGCUAGCUUCAACCGCAAAGAUGAGACAGGACGUGAAAUCAAAAUCAACUUUGAUCACGGUACCACUACACUGGGUUUCCGCUACAAGGGUGGAGUACUCCUGGCGGUGGACUCCCGAGCGACCGGCGGCCAGUUCAUCGGCUCCCAGACCAUGAAGAAGAUUGUGGAGAUCAAUGACUACUUGCUAGGUACCCUUGCCGGAGGCGCAGCUGACUGCGUGUACUGGGACCGCGUGCUCGCCAAGCAGUGCCGUCUGUACGAGCUGCGCAACCGCGAGCGAAUCUCCGUCGCCGCCGCCAGCAAGCUCAUGGCCAACAUGGUCUACAACUAUAAGGGCAUGGGGCUCAGUAUGGGUAUGAUGCUGGCUGGAUAUGACAAGAGGGGCCCGCAAUUAUACUACGUGGACAGCGAAGGCACGCGCACGGCCGGCAAGGUGUUCUCCGUUGGCUCGGGGUCUGUCUACGCGUUCGGUGUGCUCGACUCUGGGUACCAUUGGGACCUGAGCGAUGUGGAGGCACAAGAGCUCGGCCGCCGCGCCAUCUAUCACGCGACGCACCGCGACGCGUACUCUGGCGGGAUCAUCCGCGUCUACCACAUGAACCAGGACGGCUGGGUCAACAUCUCCAACGAAGACUGCUCCGAACUGCAUUACAAGUACCAAGCCGAGAAGGGGGUUAAGGAGGAAUAAACUGUACUUUUUAUUAAUA